AUGCUUUCUGUUCACCUAAACUCUCUGCACCUCAAGAAGCCACUCUCUGCAGAUUGUAAAGUUUAAGUAAUUUUGGCUAAUCACAACUAAAAUAGUGUGAGAUCUGAAAUAGUAGAAUAUAGUAAAAAGGAUAACAUAGCAUUGUUUAGUGAAAAUUUAUUCUUAAAAGAUAUCAGAAAAUAAUUAAAUAGCGAGGAUCUAGCUUAUUACAUUAUUGAAUUAUACGAAAAAUAUCCAUAAGAUAAAAUUAUUGCAUCAAAAACAUUUACACCUAAUGAUAUCUUAGGGAAAAACAAAGUAAGUCUAAAGACAAUCGAUGGGAAUGAGUUAACUUUGCAUUUAAAAUUUGAAUUAUUUAAUUAGGAUAAUAAAACAAUUAAUGCAUUCAAUAAGCAGAAUUCAAUGACUAAUUAGCUAGAUGAUCUUUCAAUCGGUGCUUAGGAUAGCUACUUUGGUUCUCCUUUAAAUUAAAGAAGCAUAGAAUAAAUAGUAAAUAAUUAAAAUGAAUCAAAAUCAUCAUAAAAUUCAAAAAGGUUAUCUCCACCUUUAAAUGCUUAGAAUGCAAGCAGCAAAGAAAAUGAAGGUGGCGAGCAGUUUUUUAAUGCAAUAGCAAAUCAAAUAAAGAAUGGAUUUCUUUCUCUAUGUGAGAAAAACCCUGAAACUGAUUUAGACUAUUUAGAUAUUAACGAAUAUACGAUCAGAUUUGUUUCUAAGUUAGGUCCUGUUGUAGCUAUUUCGAACUACUUAAGAGAAGUAUAUAAGUGGACUAAUAUAUUUUAAACAAUGAUGUUUGGAAUAAGUACUUCCUUAAUUAUAUUUUAUCCCAAAGCCAUCAUACUUUUUUCGCUAUUAUACACAUACAUAUUCACUAAGAGAGUAAUUUAAAUAAUGUUUCAAUUAGGAAUAAAGAAACCAGAAAAGGUAAACAUAAUAGAUAAAAAUGUAAAUAAAAUGAAAAAUUUAAAGAGAAAUAUGAUAUUCUUAUAAGAGCAAAUGAGGUUUUACUCUUAAGUGUAUGACUAAGUUUGUGAGUUCUUAUAUUCAGAUGACAAAACCUAAGUUGUUAAAAAUAUUUAGCUAUUUAGAAACUAUUCAAUUUUCCUUGUGAUGGGAAUGAUUUUUAUUCCAUUCGAUGUGAUUUUAUUCUCUUCAUUUUGGUUUUCUCUAAUCAGUUAAAAUUUCUAUGGAAAAAUCAUUUCAAAAGAAAUUCUUACAUUGAUUCAUAAGCUUGCUGUCAGAGUUAAUCAUUUUUUAGAUAAUGAAAUUAUAAUUAAAUACCUUCCUAAAUCUGUAGUCGAUGCACUUCCAAUCCCUGAGAAAAAUUCUGGUCUACAAAAGAUAGUCAAAAAGUUCAUCAUAUAGGAAAAUCAAAGAUGGUGGCUUGGUAAAGGAUGGGCUGAUAUACUUAUACCUGGAGAUAUUCCUAAGUGGUCUGAUAUUUAAGGUUUAAGAGAGUUGAAAAAAGAAGAUUUUAAAUUGCCAGAUAAAAAUUGGUAAUGGGAAAAUGAGGGUCAAUGGCAGGUAUAGCUAUCAGAAGACACAGACUUAGAAGGCUGGUAAUAUGGAAAAUCAUUUAGUGACACUACCUUUAUAAAUCAAUAAAAGUCGCUUUAUUACAUUAGGAAGAGAGUAUGGUAUAAAACUUGUUCUUGUUUAGUCAGCUAUUACUACGGUGAAGAGAAUGAACAAGACACUGAUGAUACAUACAUUCUUUAAAAAUGA